UCCUGUUCCGGGGUCGGUAGUGUGCGCUGUGUGUGUGUUUAUGCGCUUGUGUGUGUGAGUGUGUGUGAUGAUGAUGAUGGCGGAGCUGGUGCAGGGACAGGCCUCGGUGGCUCAGACCGGGAUGAAGGACGGAUUCACGGACCCCUUUCACCGCGCGCGGCAGAUCGCUAAGAUGGGUGGAGAGCAGAUGCAGCAUCUGAACAACUCGUCUCCGGUGGUCGAUGCCUCUCUGUACGGCUACGGAGGGCAGAAGCGCUCGCUGGAUGAAGGAGUGGCUAACCAGCUCGGCGCAAUGGUACAUGGUACAAGGGCUAUAAUAACAGAAGACUUCAAAGUGCCUGAUAAGAUGGUUGGAUUCAUCAUUGGACGAGGCGGUGAACAGAUCACAAGAAUUCAGCUGGAAUCUAACUGUAAGAUCCAGAUCGCUGCGGUGCACAGCGGAGGUAUGAUGGACAGGCCUUGCACCCUGACCGGGACCCCAGAGAGCAUCGAGCAGGCCAAGCGCUUGCUGGGGCAGAUCGUGGGGUGCCGGAGCGGACCGGGCUUCCAUACUCAGAUGGACGGGAACAGCGCCGUCCAGGAGAUCCUGAUCCCAGCCAGCAAAGUGGGCCUGGUCAUCGGGAAGGGAGGAGACACCAUUAAACAGCUUCAGGAGAGGACAGGAGUAAAGAUGAUCAUGAUUCAGGGCGACCCGAUGCCCACUGGAUCAGACAAACCCUUGAGAAUCAGAGACCCUUAUAAAGUUCAGCAAGCACGGGAGCUGGUGGUGGAGAUCAUCAGGGAAAAGGAUCAGGGAGACUUCCGCAGCGGCCGCAGUGACUUCGGCUCCAGGCUGGGCAGCAGCAUCGACGUGGCGGUGCCCAGGUUUGCCGUAGGAAUCGUCAUCGGCAGAAACGGGGAGAUGAUCAAGAAGAUUCAGAACGAUGCAGGAGUCAGGAUCCAGUUUAAGCCAGAUGACGGAUCAGUCGGACGGAUCGCUCAGGUCAUGGGUCAGCCGGACCGCUGUCAGCACGCCGUUCACCUCAUCAAUGAUCUGGUCCACACGGCACAGGAGCGUGAUGGCUUCGGAGGCCCGGUUGGACCCAGAGGUCGCGGCAGAGGUCGCGGUGAUUGGAACAUGGGAACUCCUGGAGGCCUGCAGGAAGUGACCUACACAAUACCAGCUGAUAAAUGUGGCCUUGUGAUCGGGAAAGGUGGAGAGACCAUAAAGAACAUCAACCAGCAGUCAGGAGCUCACGUGGAGCUGCAGAGAAAUCCUCCUCCAAACACCGACCCCAACGUCCGGAUCUUCUCCAUCCGUGGAUCUCCUCAGCAGAUGGAGAUGGCCAGACAGCUGAUCGACGAGAAGAUCGGGGCGUCUGGAAUGGGAGGAAGCAGCAGUUUUGGACUCAGUCCUUUUACUCAAGGACCAGCGACUCCUCAUCAGAAUGGCCCGCAGACGCUCAUGACUGGAGGUUGGGGAACCACGCACCAGACAUGGCAGCCUCAGAGCCAGCAGGACCCCAGUCACAAUGGAUCUCAGACCGGCCAGAUGGACUAUUCCAAAGCGUGGGAGCAGUAUUAUAAAAAGCUAGGUCAGCAGAACCAAGGCCAGAGCAGCGGCUCCGACUACAGCAAAGCAUGGGAGGAGUAUUACAAGAAACAGACUCAGGCCGCCGGUCCUGGAUCUCAGCAGAGCUCUCCUCCUGAUUAUAGCGCUGCCUGGGUGGAGUAUUACAGACAGCAGGGGGCGUAUUACGGCCAGGGACAGACGCAGGCUCCCGGCCUCCCGGAUCAUUAAAGCGGGCGACUGCAGACCCUUUAGUUGAAGAUUUUUGAAUCACUGCGAGGAGGAAACAGACCUUUUGUAACAGAGGUUUCUAGAUUUGCAACGCCUUGAAGACUUUUACUUUUUUUCUUAGUGAGAAACACUAGCUGUAGAAUGACUUAUAUGAUUUAAAAAGAGAACUAUUUCUAAAUCAGGACAUCCAAUUGUUACUAAAUACUUGUGUACACCAUUACUCGAAUGGGGC